AUGGUGACGUUCACCAGCAAGGGACGCUAUCCUAAGGAAACCAAGCUCAAGGCCUGGCUUGCCUGUUUUCCAGCAGGAACGACAAAAUACCGUGUGGGUUUCCACGCACUCAAACCCUCUGAGCAGACAGCUUAUGGUGCACAGAAACAAAACUCCAUCUUCGAGAUAACGGCGCCUCGCCAGUGGAAUACGGAUGAGGAAGAUUGGAUCAAAAGCUCGGAUUAUACGACUGGCGUACACGUUGAUGAGAUCGGGGGUGAGCUGAGGGUCCCUUGA